AUGGCAUCUUUGAAGAUGCAGGCAAGAUUUGAGCUUGGUGGGAAUUCUGGGUAUGGCUUAAGAGAGAACCUUAGGAAGACAUGGAGGGCAACAGACUCCAAUCUCUCUGUGCCCCAAGAAAAGGUCUGUAAGCAAUGUGGGAAAGUUUUCCAGUCCAUCAAAGCACUGUGUGGGCACAUGGCUUGCCACUCAGAGAAAGAGAAGGGUGGUGGGUUGAAGGAUGAGCAUUCUUGGACUAGUGAGAGCAAGAAGGUUAUGGUGGUGGAUAGCAAUUCUGACACAGAGGCAGAGGACCUGAGGAACAAAUCAUCUUCUGCAAGGCCUAAGAGGUACAAGAAAAUUGUCCACACUUGUUCAUUUACUUUGCCUAAUCAUGUUGUUAAUACUGGGUCUGAGAUGUUUGAGCAAGAUCAACAGGAAGUAGCCAAGUGUUUGAUGAUGUUGUCUAGGGAUUCUGGGAACUGGAAUGGUGUUAGUUCAUUUAUGGAGUCUUCUGAUAAUAACUCUGUGGUUCUAGAAACUAAAUCAUCUUCUAUUGACAUGAAAACUCCUAAAAUGGAUGCCUCCAAUAGAGAAAAGUCAAGAUCAGGAUCAAAGGACUACGAUUAUCGUGAUUUUGGAGUGGCUUCAAAUGCAGGGAAGCAUGAUUCAAGAAAGAAAAGCAAAGAUAGCUCUUAUGAUCCUGAAUACAAAACUGAUUCCUAUAAGAAGAUAAAGCUCAGUUUUUCUGAGACUAAGAAGAAGAAGAAGUACGAGUGUUUGAACUGUAAGAAGAUCUUUAGCUCUUAUCAGGCUCUUGGUGGACACAGACCGUGCCAUAAAAGAACUCUCGAGUCAAGAUAUGAGACUGGUGAGAACCGCCUGGAUGUUGAUACUACCUAUAAUAAUAACAUAAAUGGUGGCAACCAUAGGGAGUCUCUUGGUAGCAGAAAAGCAGCUGCUGAAGGUUCAGCUUGCUACUUGGGGACAAAGAUUAAGGCCAAGAACGCAAAGGGCCACGAACGCAAAGGCCAAGAUAGUGUCAGGAAUGAAUAA